AUGAGCAUCAUGGAAGAAGAUAAGCUUCAUAAAACACUCUUGAUGAUAGAAAUCUGGGAUGUAUUGGAACUGAAACAGGCUACGAAGCCAAGAAACUCAAAGAAUAAUCGAAUCGCUCGUACUCCUCAUCCAUAG